CACGGAUUGCCAGUCAUUUUGUGCGACCCCCUCCCGAUUUCGUCUCCGGCCAUUUAUUCUUUGGGACAAAUUGGAAGAAGAAUAUGGUGUCCUUGAAGCUUCAGAAGCGUCUGGCCGCGUCCGUGCUCAAGUGCGGUAAGCGCAAAAUCUGGCUCGACCCCAACGAGUCGAACGAGAUUGCUCUUGCCAACUCUCGCCAGAACAUCCGCAAGCUCGUCAAGGAUGGCUUUGUCAUCAAGAAACCGCAGGUGAUCCACUCGCGUGCUCGCUUCACCAAGCGCAACGAGGCUAAGCGCAAGGGCCGCCACACGGGCAUCGGUAAGCGUCGCGGUACGGCCAACGCUCGUCUGCCCUUCAAGGUGAUCUGGAUGCGUCGUAUCCGUGUGCUCCGUCGUCUCCUCCGCAAGUACCGUGAGGCCAAGAAGAUCGACAAGCACAUCUACCACGAGCUGUACAUGCGCAGCAAGGGUAACCAGUUCAAGAACAAGCGUGUGCUCAUGGAGACCAUCCACAAGAUGAAGGCUGAGCGCCACCGCGAGAAGACGCUCAAGGAGCAGUCGGAGGCCCGCAAGGAGAAGGCCAAGUCGGCUCGCGAGCGCAAGGCUAAGAAGGCCGCUGCCCCCGCUGCCAAGAAGGAGUAAGCGUCUGCUUUUCUUAGCUUGAAAACGUGAACCGCUUGUCCAGGUCACAUGAAGGAAUGAAACUCUUCCCGAAGAUGCCCGCAUCUUUUGUCCCACUAAA